ACCUCUGCAGUACCUCUCUUGCUCAUUCCUCCCUGUGUUGGCUGGGGAGACACGCGCUUUCUGCUUUUCUGCCUGGCUGCUGGCUCUGCUCCAGCAUCCCUCCGUGCCUCUCGUGUGCUCUCUUCCCUCCUCCAGCCUAUGUCUCCCCCUGUGGGUUUUUGUCAGCCAGCCUGCUUCCCUGGCUGCUGCUGCUGCUGUUGCUGGAGCGGUGGAGCUGCCUGACACAACACUGCUACGCCGCCACAGCUCUGCCUCGCUUCUCCUCUCUGCCUUUUGCUUCACACUCUCCUUUGCUGGAUAAUCACCGCUGAGUCUGAAAGAGACGGCGACAGAGGACGGGAAGGGAGGGAGGGAGAGAAAUAGAGAGCCUUCACUCUUCGUUCAACUGCUGCAUUCUUCGGUUUCCUCUGCUUCUCUGGCCUGCUGGAGGGAAGCGCAGAGAACAACUGGUCGGGAGAGAGCUCCCUGAAGGAAUUUAUUCUCCUCUCUUUGCAAUCCCUCCCUCUGUUCAUUCCUGGGACAGAGUGCUGAGGAGGAGAGAAGAGGGAGGGACUGACAGGCAGGACUUCAGCUGCACAGCUUAGUGUCCCACCUUGCUCCAGAGACACACAAGACAAACACACACGCACAGACACAAACACAUUUGCAUAGAGUGUACACAGUUCAGGCUGAGAAGACUGGCAGACAGGGACAGCUUGGAAGAAAAACAAGACGUUCUGCACACACACACAUAGACAGACAGGAACACAGAGAGACAGACAGACAGGUGGUGUCAUGGCGUCAUUGGACAGCACCGGUUCGAGUGUCUCUGGUCGGAUGAGAUCAGGGGAUCUACUUCACACUGGUCUGGUAGUUGCUCUGCUGCUUGGUGUGUGGAGUGUUGGUGGACUGGAGGUCUCGACAGGUAAAGUGUCUCAUCUUGAAGCAAUGAAUGGCUCCACGGUCCUGCUGCCCUGCACCUACUCUUCCUGUAUUGGGAUCAAAAACCUCUACUUCAACUGGCAAUAUAAUGACAAUGGAACCAUGCUCAAGUUAUGUGAAGGGGUGAUUACCAUUGAGGGUGCAGAGCCCAGGGUCAGCGUGGAACACGAGCGUGUGGAGUUUGUCGGCUCCUCAAAGCGCAACAACAUCUCCAUCCUGCUGUGGAACAUCACCUUCAACGAUGAGGGAGAGUACGUCUGUUUUGCCAGGAACCCAAAAGAGAAGAACCGCAACCACAGCGCCGUCUACACUCUUAUAGUGGUGGACCAAAUGAAGGAGGUUGAAACUACUUUGACAACCAUCAUCGUCUCAGUGCUGGGUGGAGUCAUCGGCUUGAGCAUCUUUGGCAUGGUGGUAAAGGCCUUGGUUGUUCACUUCCUGCUGAAGGACGAUGAGAAGAACAAAGAGUGCCUGGUGAGCUCAGGGAAUGACAACACAGAAAAUGGACUUUCAGGAGCCAAAGCAGACACCAAGGGGACACCAAAGGCAUGAGCACAGUAUGUCUGUAUGUUUGUAUAUAUGUUAGACAAAUGUACACGCUCAGAGAAAAUGCUGUUCAGUGGACUGUUUUAUCUUACUAGCGGCUAACAACAUGUAAAUGUCUAUUUUAAAUCAUGCUUGAGAUUUGGGAAGUGUGGAACGUGCAUGAGCCUGGAUCCCUCUCUCACCUACACGGCAGCGACAGCGUGCAGCCUCCCAAAUCCAAUUCUGAAGCCCGACACUUUCUCUACGGUACAGCCUUAAGUGUACUGUCUAGGCGUCCAAUUACAUGCACUUAUAGUUACCCUCUUACAUCAUCUUGCACAUUUUAAUAACUGCCACUGUUGACAAGCUACCAGUAUGUUGGAUUCUUCCAUCCACAACUCUGAGUCAAACUUGGACCCGAACAAACACACUUUGAUGCCACAAUCUAUAAACUGCCAUGAUCUCAACUGAAGAACAGCACAGAACACAAAUCCAGCGGUGAACUCAAACCAGAGGACCCUUCAAACACAGUUCCCUUCAUGAAUGUGAGCCGACAUUUGUUUUCAAAGAGGAUCUCUUCUAAUUAAAACCCAGUAAACACACAUCUUUUUAACAUUUAAUGAUCAGGUACCAAUUCUGUUUCACCAGUUUACUGUUCAUGUGAGCCAUAAGGUUGUUUUUUACCUUGUAGUCCUGAUCUUACCUUAACUACUGCCAAAGCCAGCCUGAACUUCAACGUGCAUGUUUACAGCGGGGUCCAGGUUUGACACAGUACAACAGUACAUUUGAACCAUCUUCUGGCGGACAGCUGGGCUUUCUUAGGUGACUGAAGGACCGGGCUCUGCACAGGUUUUAUUGUUUUGCUUUAGAUGAAACACAGGUGCCUGUUCUGCUUCUGCUCCCUCUGCUGGUGGGAGGAUAUAAAACACAGAAAAUGUAUAAAAAACAACGAACCCUUACCCUCAUCCUUUACUCCCCAGCUCCCUAUAGAAAUGAAUGACAUUAAUCAUGCUGCUUCUGACUAAUAAUCAAUGCAUUUUUAGCAUGUGCUCAUUUUAUAUAACUUCAUAUAAGUAUGUUGUCUAGCACCACAUUACAGGAACAUUUCUGUGUGUCCCUGUACGCUCCCAUGUUACCAUCCACGUCAACCUUGUCUGACGCUCUGUCAAUAAGCACCUCACAACACUCUGCGACUUCUCUAAGCCCUUUAACCGGGUCGAGGUGACGGACAGGUGGCUCUUCUUAUACAGCGAUGGCCUGCAGGCGUUUGUGGGAAAGGAACGGUGAAAGACAUUUUACAUUUAUGGAAAAGUAAGAACAUUUUAAUGUGAAUCACUCAAUCAAUUAACUCUGCGAGAAGAAUUUUAAUAAGUCGGGACUAAGCUCAGUGGCAUAUCUAGUCUGAAGACCAAACUACCAAACUAAUUCAAACUUGCUCUGAUAACCACAAGAAAACACUUUAACACUUAACUUAGUCCCUUGAUGCUGCCUCAGUAAUGCAGGUAGCACAGCAUUGGGACAGAUCACUGAAGAAGAAUGUAAAGACAGGGAAUAGAUGUUAAAUAUUGUCCAAAAAUAUUAUAUUUUAAUUAAUUCUCAAAAGAAAUCCUAUUAAAUAUAUAGAUGUUAUUAUGGAAUGAAUGUGUGCAUAUCCCAACAGGCCGGUGGCUCAUCCUGUGUGACAAUACUGUCAGUGUUUCUCUCAGUUCAAAGUUCAGAUUAGGAAACUACUGGCUGCGACUGUCUUUAGGAAUGUUGGACAUUGAAGACUGUACGAGUUGUGUGUUGGGUCUCUAAAUACGUCUGGUGUCUUAGCACUAAACGUGCAGAUUAAUACGUUUUAAAAUACAUAAUAUGCGUAAAUUACACGGUAGAAGAUGCUGAACUUAAACAGCUGGUUGUAAAGUCUUCGUUAUAUCCCUUCGUCUGCAUCUCGUGACAAACCAACGAUGAACUUAGUGCUAAGAUGCCGACUGGAAACUAGAACCUGCUCUCAGCUCUCAGAGGUCACGUCUGUGAAGCUGGCAGACGUGACCCUCGCACCCUCACACAUGACACACAAACAUACGCACGCACACACACGCCUACUCACACACUAAGAGGCACUUUGUGUGUAGUCCGCUGGCCUUGCAUACAAACAAUACAGCACUUUACCCCAGUGCAUUGUGGGUGCACACAACAGGAAAUCAUGGAGCCGUUGUUCUUUUAUAAUGUAUCACGAGAGUUAACUAAAUCCAACAGUUGUGUUUACCUCAAAACAGCAUUGUGUUGUUAGCAUUGUUGUGCUCUGAUCCACGUUGUAUCACUGCGUCAGAGCUCUGGGGCAAGAUUUUAAUUAGCUUUUCUAAACGUUCACCUCCGUCAGACCCGCUCUCUAAAGCUGGAGUGAAUUUCCCUUCUUGCUUUCAAUGGAAGCAAUAAAACAGACAACGGAUUAUGCAAUAACCUGUUCUUAUUAUUAUUAGUAGUAGUAGUAGUAGUAGACACUUUAUAUAUGUGUCUGGACUGGCUCUUCAUUGUACCAAUGUAUGUAUCUCCACUGUGCUAAUGUAUUUCAGUUGGACUAAUGUAUCACCAUUAGCGUCUUCCUGAACAUCUACAUUAGACAGAUGCAUCGGCUUUGGGAAACUGUAAUAGCUACUAACAUUGUAUCUGUGACUGUGCAGUGUUAGAAGUGAUGCAGUGUCCUUGUCGUGUUGUAAAACUGUGAGCUCUAUGGAUAUGCAAGGAAGCACUACACACACGCAAACGGACACACACACACACACACACACACACACACACACACACACUUGUCUAACGAGUCUUGUGCAGAUCGCUCUGCAAAGAGAGUACACACAGUGCGUACAUCCAAAGUCUUCCUGUAGGGAAAAGCAAUAUUGAGGAGUCGGUCCGUCUGAUAGUGUACUUUUCAUACUUUUAACCCUGACAUUGCAAAACACACAGGUGGUUUCAUGUAGGGAUUGUGAUGCAUGCCUUGUAUAUGUGUGUUUUCUGCCCAUUAAUAGUCCCAGACUUGCUUUGCCAGUUUGAAUUUAUUUCCCUGAAGUAAAAGUACUGAGAGAAAAACCACAGCAGUAUGUGAGUAACAGUGAUUUUAUGUUUUAAUGAAGUCCAAGUAUUUGUAUUUCUGCUGAUGUAACGCAGGCUAGAAGUAGAUAAUUGUAAAGUAAUGUUUGAGCUUUUUGUUUCCUCACAUAAGUCCUUUUGUACACUCUGACCUGCCUUGUCUUUAAUAUCUGUUCUGUACAUGAGUCUUGAGCUGUGCCAGCUGCAAUACUGAGUCUGCCCUGUGCCGUGUAGGACGCUUCUCUGCAGUCGUGGAACACAGUGCACACAGUAUGACUGCCACCCGGUGGAACACGCCCAACGCAUCACAUAAUCCUCCCUCUAGUGGAAGCUGAUGAGGCAUACAGUUCAAAAUGCCCAUUUUGAUUCAGACUUCGAAAUGGCUGCAUAAUGGAAAAAAAGAAACUGUGUCAACUAAACUUCAAGAUUAUUGUUUCAUGUAAAUGAGAAAUCAUUGCUACGAUCUCAUAGUUGAAAUGGUUUUAAUAAGUAGAUGUUAAUAGCGUAAGAUAAUGCUUCUGUUAGAUUGUUUAAAAGUAUAUUCAUGUUUCUAAUCCCUGUGUCCAUCCAGCAUUUUAAAAGAAGGGUGAAGAGUAUGUACUAAAUCUGCCAGGAAAAGGAUCCAUGCAACAAUUUUACAAACAUGAAUCCUUUAAUGAAUCGCUCCUACAGUGAGCGUUAAAUAGUUACAGAUAGUGUUGCUGUCACUCACUGAAAUCACAAAGAGUUCUGACUGACCACUUUGAUUCUUUAGAGUUAGUAUUGCUCUUACUGCCAGAGCGGCUGAAACUCAUACUGCCAAUCCAAGAGUCUCACGUCUGCUGUUGUUUUACGACACUAUUACAAUGACAUACAACUCCCUUAGUACACUUACACUACUAAAACAUGUUGUGUUACCGUCUACCGCUGUAUUAAAGUACUGACAUGUAGAUGACAUCGCUCGAUGAUACUUUAGCAGCUGGAACUCACACUGCCAAGCCAAGAGUCUGACGUCUGCACUCUGCUUCCCACAUUCCACACAGAUCAAAAGAUCCAACCGCUGAUCAAAUGUCGGUGUAGUUCAGCAGACAAAGUCAACUUUACUACAAUUAUAUCAAUGAAAUGUUCUUAUUCUGGCUCUAACACAUUGUUUUCCUCGUCAGAAGUUGUUGACAGUGUUCAAAUAAUUGUUAGCGAUGCCAAACUAUGAUGCAUGUUGUGACCGUGUGUCAAUAUAUUACAUGUCAUCUAGCAAACUGCCUCCUAUAACUCACGAAAGAGAUUAUUUUAUAGACCAAGGCUAGCUAGUUCAAGAUUUGAAUUAUAAGCCCAGGCUGACACGGAGCUCUCCACGUGUCCCUCUGCAGUCCUGCAUUUUAAACUACAACGAUGUUUUGUACACAUAGCGGCUGUUAACGUAACUUUAUCUUAAACUCAGUCAGUCAAACUAAUUCAUAUCUACACACUGUACGCUAAUGUCAUACAGAUUAAAGUAUUUUAUAGGAAGUCAACAUCCUUUGCUUUACAUCAACACAGUCAAUUCAAAAUGUACACAACACAUGUGCGAAGGUUUCCUACAUCAACUUCCCUCUGAAUGUUCAGCUGCUCCUCUGUGUUCGUGUCCAUGUUGCUCAUGCUCCCUUCAUGACUAUGCACCUCCAACUUUUGACUUGUUAAAUACAUACUGGAAAUAAAAUGAUGUUUGAAAUUC